AAAGAAAGGAAGACAUUAUCUCAAGAAUGAGGUUUGGGCAUACUGGUCUUAAUAGUACACUUAAGAUAAUUGAUAAACAUGGGACUGGUAUGUGUGAGUACUGUAACAUACAGGAAACAGCAGAACAUGUAAUUAUCAAUUGUCCUAGGUAGGUGCAGGAAAGACAGAUGCUAAAAAAAGACUGAGAAGAGAUCGCAUCAAGUUUGGAAUAAAGGAGUUACUUCAACUGAACUCAGGGCAUGUGGGGUACAGGGCAAUAUUUAGGUUUUUGGAAAAGACAGGACUUAGACGAAGAAUAUAGGGAAGGCAUAAGACCAUUCUGAUCCACGCGCCAUUUCAGAAGGUGGCGGUAAUGAACCAAAAGUUGUUUGCCAACCACCAUAAAACAUCAGAGGAGGAGCAGCUUUCACAGGAAUGAAUGGAGCGCUGCCUUCGCUGCUGUAUCCAGUUCUCUGUAUACAGCCAUGGUUGUAAUCAAGUAAAAUGGAAAGCACCUGUUCUCCAUUGAAGUAAAGAUUUUUUUUCAACAUUAUGCCAUUAGUACACAGUGUAAGGACGUAUUUCUUGAAACAGGUGGAUUCACUUGGUAAGCAAAACAAGACCUUCAUAAGGCUAGCUUGUAGGCUACUCAACCUUGGAGUAGGCUACAGUAGUCUCCAACAGUUAAAAUAAUACCAACAAUUACAAUUCCACAAAGAAAAAGAAAUUCACCAACUUUUUAACUAAAAAUGUAUCAGCAGUGAAUUUUAUAAAUCCCCUGGUAGCUCACAAUUGACUGUACAAUCCUCAAGUCCACCCUGCUCUCACAAAGUUUUAUCAAAUGAGCUCAACAUUUAAAAAUGCAAAUACAGAACCUGAAGUGCAAAACCUCAUGAAAAGAUUGAAAUGAAUGAGAUGGAAAAAACACUUACCUUUAAUCCCACCAGUGUCUCUUUACCCAACUUUCUUUCUUUCUUUAUUAUGCUGAAUCAAAAAAUGUAAUAAAAUAUAUGUGAUUUUACAGUUCUCCUUCAGUGAAUAAAACUUAGUCACAUCAUUAAUCCUGGCAAUCAAUAAUUAUAUUGUAAAUAAGACACAUUUUAGACAUUAUUUUCAUGGUUACUCCAAACCACAACAUAUAAAACACAUUAGUUUAGUUAUUGACAUUUAAAUACAUAAAAUAAAGGAUCAAGUAAUUGUAUCUUGUAAAGCUCAAAACUAAUGAUAACCAAAAUAUAUGGAGAAAAUGACAACUACAUUUAAGAUAGAGCAGAAAAUCUUUAAAAUUACACACUAUAUGUGGCCAAAAAAUGUAGGAAGUACAAUUAAAAAUAUAAUAAUUAAUCCUAAGACUUAUUUGGCUUUCAUUUGAAUUGACAACAAUUAAAGAAUAUCAUAUUAUAUGUACUGUAACAAUAGACAAGGAACCUGCACUGAGUAGUGUCAUAUCAAAAUGCAUCUUUUUUUCAGUUAGGAUCACAUGGUUUUCUAUAGAAUGAGAAAAUUCCUCAAAACUUGCAGUGAUUAAUCAACUUUCAACCAAAAAGAUAAACUUAAAGAUGAGCAUUUAGUUCCUGAAGGUUUGUGGCUUACAAAGUUGUUCCACUUCAUUUGCAGGAUGAGUCCAUGCUGCAGAUUGCUUAUUUUCGAGGGCAUUUCCUAAAUAAUGUGAAAAAACGUGUAAAACCUCCAAUCACCAAAUCAAGACCUCGACGCAGGGCUCUGUCUAGCAAAAAGAACGGUGUACACAGAAAGAAAACGGUGUCUAAAGUAUAGACAUGAGUCAGCCCGAGAGCUUCCAGACACAGUAAUUCAAUGAGAAUGUCAAAGGAGGGAUCACUGAUGAGCUUGAAAAGCAAGUGCUAUCUGGGAAGAAUAUGCAUGAAACAAGGACGUAAACUAACUUCUUACUUAGUUUAACAGCCCCACCAGUGUCUCUGGCCCUGUCUACCUUCUGUAUGGCCUCAUUAAUGUUUUCCUUGAAACACAGCAACACUUUGUAAUUGGCUGUGAUGUGACUGUCAGAUCUGGUGAGUGAAUCGCUGCAGAGGCCCUUGGCUUGUAAGGAGUAUUUAUGAGUGACCUCAAUUUGUUCACAGUAGAGCUCAACAGACUUGAGUGCAUUUUGCAAAUCUCCCAGAGCUUGAUCGAUGCAGCUUCGAUCCUGAUGCCUUUCUUGCUGGGCUAAAGAUGCAAAAGCACGGUUGUAAUGAGCAACGAACAAACCUCCAGCUGUAUUUACUGGUUCAGAAACCUUAAGGUCUGUUCCUAUAAUGACCUCUCCUGCUUCAAGCGUCUUGGCUACUGAAUUGGUUAUGAAUUUUUAAAAUUAGAAUUUUCUUAAGAAAGUGCACUCCUUCAGAGUGGGAGGGUGUAGGGGCUGGAUUUGAAACAACUGUUUUAUAUUUCAUAUUCUCAAUCCUGCCAACACUGUUAGUAGUGAUGGGAAUCGACUCUUUGAAGGGAGCAGUAUCUUACGGCUUCGUUCCUUUCUGGUGCUAGAGCAGCUACAAUUAACAAUAUAAUUUACAGUACGUACUAAAAGUAAAAUGAAAAAGUAUACUUUUUGGAACGCAGGGUGUUUCAUUAGUAGUUCCACUUCCCCUCAGCCCUUGGUAUUACGUAACAGCAGACGUCGCACGGAGGCCACUUUGAGAGCUGAGGUAAAGUGGGCGGGGGGAGUGGGGGACUUGUUCUACAGAGCAAGUGCAGACUGUACUCUUAAUAUAAUUUACAGAGACCCAACAAAUCCCACCAUGAGCAAGCAUUUGGCGACAGUGGCAAAGAAAAACUUUUUUUAAAGAGGCAGAAACCUGGAGCUGAACCAGACUCAGGGUAGGCGGCCUUCUUUUCCUGCAUAUGUCGUGGCGGUCUAUUUUCAGGACCCAAAUGCAGGAACUCGCGGAAACAGAACUGGGUUAAUAGGACGGUUUUUAUUGUGCAGAUUAUUGCAAGUGUGAAUGAAUGCAAGAUCCGGCGUCACCCGUGGUAAGAGGAAUCCUGAACCGACCAGGCGGAGGAUUCGUGAAGCCGGGCGUGUGGUGUGGGUAGCCGGCAGUGCCCGGAGGCGAAGAUCGGCCGGAUGGCGAGAGUGGCGUGGUAGCUGAGGUCCGGGUGAUCAGAAGGACAUACUGAGGCGGUGGUCACCGGCAGGGCGAGAGCAUAUGUACGGGGGACGAUCUGGCGUCGGUGGUGUGCAGGUGCCCGGUAUAAGAACCGUGUUGAUCAGCGAUGAUUGAAGCCAGGUGUGCCAGGAAUCAGUCGCAGACGGGAGAUCAGGAAGCCAGCCCAGAGCACAGACACACCCACACGCACACACCAGGACAGACAGAGGACAGCCAGAAAACACGAGGAGAGACAGGUUUUACUCAAAGAAAGACUAGGAUGAUAAUAUAUCAGUAGUUUCCUCAUCUGUCAGCACAGAGCUUCAGCACGUCGACACACCUGGACAGGUUGCUGGACAACACCACCCAGCUGAGCUGCGAAGGACAACCGGUUGGUUUGCAUUGAGAGGAAGACUGUCAGUGUAAAGGUUACAACUUUUCACAAGCCAAGGCAGUCAGAAAGAGCAGAAUGAGGUGGAGGCGGGCGAUCACGGAGAGGGUGCAGCAGCAACAGAGACUGCAUCUGGGGAAAGACGACCUAGUAUUGUGAAGCUACAAAAUAUGCUAAAGAAAGUUUCCCAAAACCCUUUCCAUAACCAAUACAAGACUCUUGUUUCAUCAACCUCUGACUCCAGUGGCUCAUCAGCAAACGAGUCUCGAAACGAACAGGAUGGUGAGUUCUUUGGUGAUCUCUCAGCUGCUGCUACAGAUGUGACAGACAGCCACCAGCUACACCAGAACGGUUUGAAGACGGAGGAUCAUCAUCUUCUCUCUGCUGUAGCACAGAAUGGAGAGCACGAACAGCUCCAUGUAGGUCCUCAGAAUGGAAUCAAUGGGGGUUUGGCCAGAAUGAAACCUUUUUAUGCAUAUUCUUUGGAAUCGAGCAGCAAAGGUCAUGUAAUGGAGGAUGUAGGGAGGAAAACCUCAGAGGUAAACCUCGAUACCAUCUUUGUCCCGCCACCUGAAUUUCAGAGUUCACCUCUGGAUCUUCAAACUGAAAUUAAGACUGUGGAAAAUGGAGCCCAAUUUUCUGAACAUCAAAAGGACCUGUUCCAGGCCCUUACCCCCAACCAUACACAAGGCCUCUUCCAGACAUCGACAUUAGCCCAAAACGCAUCUGCUAACGGCCAUUUUCAUGACGUAACCCUGAACUCACUAGACUUAUUUAAUCCAAUUCCUGAUCAAACACAUAAUCUCUCCAAAACCUUGCAGUUAAAAAGCUCUGACCUGUGUAAAAAUGAUGGGGUCAGUCUUUUCCAGGCUGCUAAAGGAGAGGAUGCAUUCCAUGCUGAAAACACCAGGGAGGUGAAUCUCUUUGAUAAAUCUCCCAGUAUUUUUGAAGACCCAUUCAAAUCUCCUUCAAACAAGGAGGAUGAUCAGUUCCGGUCUCCACAGCCUAUGAUGGCAAACCCAUUUCAUACUGCCAAGACCAAUGAAACUAAAAGUGGGGAACUCUUCCACAUCAGGGAAAACAAACAAGAUCCCUCUACGAAAGAGGACCUUUUUGGCAUGUCUUUUAAGGAAAACCUGGAUAUAUUUUCAUCUUCAUCCACAAAUGCAGUCGACCCAUUCCCAAGCCCGAUUACAAGGACUUUAUUCCAAAGUGUUUCCAGUUUGGAUGACCCGUUUGGUAAUACGCCCUCAAAACAAUACGACCCUUUCCAAGAUGUUUCAAAUGGGACUUUCAAAUUUGAUCUCUUCCAACCACUUCCCUCAAAGACUAAUAGCAAUAUAUUUGAGAGAAACCCCAGCAAUACUGCCUAUAAGGCCACAUACUCUACACCUUCACUCAACAGUCCGUCAGAAAUGAAGAUGGACAUGCUAUCGUCACCAGAUCUCUUCAAGGCAACGCCAUCAGAAUCUCAUCCAGCCAUCCAACCAACCUCUUCCGACAGGCCACAUGCUGCUGUUUUGACGACUCCUCAGGGAACUAGACAUGAUAAUCUUCAGCCAAGUCCCUUCAGUCGGGCCAGGAAUCUGUCUGUGUCAUCAAGGCAAUCUCCAGCUGAAAUGGCUCAUGUGCAGACCUUCAAACGUCCGCCAAAGCCACUUCCUCGAAUUAGAUCACCAAGAACGGAAAAACCACCCACACCAGCAAACCCUAUUGAACCUGAACCAACUGUACCAAAAACUUCUCCUAAGCCAGCCUUCAGACCACUCCCAAAACCAGUUAUUCACCGCCAACCAAAAACUCCGGAAAGUAAAACGACGGACCCUGAGAACUAUGUUGUCUUUGAGGACGUCCUGCUUAUUGGUCAGGAAAGGUGUGUUGAAGACUGGCCUGAAGACAGCCCUGAGCUUAACCCCGACUUCAGACCAUCUGGAACAUUGAGACUACGGCGAGAAUCAUUGAAAAUGAAGGCAGACUCUGAUGGAGGAAGUGGGGAGGAUCAGGAUAGCCCUGGGAGUCACGGCAAGAAAAAGGACAAAAAAUUCAGAAUGUCCCUACUUUCCAGAAGAGGGUCAAAGGAAAAGUUUGCUGAUGACACAAAGGAGGGGAGGAGCGGGACACUACCCACCAAUCGUAAAUCAUCAAAGGAGUAUAUUCCAGAUAUGCACAUGUUUGCAGGAGAGAAUGAAGAUGGGGAGCAGAAUGGGAUGGACUAUAAAAAGAAACCUCUGAAGACCAAAGUCAAUCGGCUGCUUAGAAGAGCAUCCACCACUUCCGCCAUGCCAGAGGGAAAGCACAUGAACAGACAUUUACCUCAAGAAUCAAAGGAUGAUGACAUCAAUAAGAAAAGCGUUGGCAAGAAAAACUCCAUCAUACGCCGAUGGUCAGAGGGGACCGUUUUGGAUGGCAGCACUGGUGAGGAGGAGGAGGAGGGAUGGGAAGCCCAGCAUGAAGAGAAGAAAAAAAAGAGUGUGAAAAUCAGGUUUGUGCCACAAAGAGGAUUUGCCAUCAGUGUAGAAAAGAAGGAUGAUGAACCGAAGGGAGCACAUGGAUACACACCUCGCAAAGGCUCAAAGGAGAAAUCACAAGAUGAAAUUUUGGGUGCACAUGGCUACACACCUCGUAAAAAGUCCCAGGAUGAUACUUUUGAGGAUGUAGAGGAAAUGAAAGGCCACAGUCUUCAGUCAACUAGCAAGGCUGCUUUCAUGGAUGAUGAGCUCUUAGAGAAAACACUCCAUAUGUCUGCUGGAUUGAAUGGAGAUGAAGAUCCAUAUGGAAUGGAAGACUGGAAACCUAAGAAAACAACCAAGAUGAAACUGCUGCACAUGGAUCGUCGAAGCUCUAAGGACGACAUGCUGGACUACAACAGUCCUCAGAAAAAGAAGGGCAGUUUCUCGGCAGAGGAGUUAGACGAUGAAGACCUAAACGGGGUGGAGGACUGCAAAGUGAAAAAAUCCAAAUAUAAAGUCUCUAUUCCCAUCCCACGCAAAUCUAAGACCACCAAUGGAGAGAGGGAACCGAUUGGAUUCAGCCAGCACAUACCUCAGCAAGCAUCCAAACAGGAUGCCUUUGCUGAGGAUGACAUCACUCAAACAGGAAAAGAUUUCAUGAGUCCUGGAGAGAUGUAUGACAGCGAACAAGAUGAAGUGGAAACCUGCAAACAGAAGAAGCCGUUUAAACUUAAAGGCCUCAAAAAACACAAGGCCAAGAGUAAAGCCAUGCAUCAAGAGUGUGAAGAUCCACCAGGAGCUACGUCUAGUGACUACCUGUCAGAGGCCGCUAAGGCGGAGUGGCUGGCUGCUCAGGAGGAUGAGCGCACUAUAGCAGGUCUCGAGGACGGGGACGAAGAUGGGGACACUGACAGUUUGAUGGAGUGGUGGAACACUGUGGAACAAUGGGAUGAGGUGCCAUCAGACGACGAGGACAAAGUCAGAAAAGAGGAUGAGUCCAAGUCAUUCACCAUCUUGGCAGACAAGGUUCAUCGCGGCCUGCGUGUCUUCAACAAGGUCUUUACAGAGCGAGCUGAGGUCCUCUGGCAGUCCGUCAUCACGCUCCAUGCCAUCGCCGACGGCAUCAACAAUUUCCACCACAAGGCCAAGAUCGCUGGCAUCACUGGUGGCACGACCACAGCCGUGGGUGGUGUAACAGCCAUCGCCGGUUUGGCUUUGGCACCCUUUACUUUUGGUGCCUCUCUCAUAGUUACCGCCGUUGGUGUGGGCGUGGCAACGGCUGGCGGAAUCGCUUCAGCCUCUGCGGCCAUCUCGGAUAACGUUAACAACAUGCACGACCGGAAGAAGGUGGAGACAGUACUGAAAACAUAUGAGGCUCAGCUGCUGGACAUUGGGAAGAUCCUCCACUUUGUCAAUCAGGGCUUGUACAAACUCCGUGGCCAUCCUCUCCUCAGGUCUGGCACCCAGCACUACUCAGAGGACUGGGAGAUCCGCAGAGCAGUCCAGAUGAUCAGCUUAGUCGAUCAGCCCGUGAUGCGAGCGACCGAGGUAACAGACGCGGCAGUUGCCUCGGUCCAAGGACUCUUCAAUGGCAUGGACAAGUACUUCAUCAAGGACUCCAGAGAGCUGAAGAAAGGCUGCAAGAAAGAGGUGGUGAGUCAAAUAAAGGUGGUGGCGAAUGUGCUCAAUGAUGGGGUAGUGGAGCUCAAUGCCAUCAGAGAGGAGCUACAGGAUGCUACUGGAAACAUGUGAGUAUCUUCCUGCAUGAUCCCACUUUGACCAUCAAGGAUCACCAGCCCCCUCUCCAGGCCAAAUGAGGGAACUGUUGGUUAAAAGGAACCCAUGGGCCCAGUAGGUCAGCACCUGUUAGGUAGGCAGUUUCAGACAUUCAAAGGGUGCAUAUGGCCAAAUCUUUCUAAUAUCAGUUUGCUAAAAAACAGACUCACGACAUUAUAAGAAGUUUAGACAACUGACACUUUAUUCCAAUAAAUUGUAAUAGUCCUGCAAAAUGCUGAUAAUGGUCAUUAUUUUGUUGUGAAUUUGACAGAGAGGUGUUAAUUCAACUCUGGUAACUUUUGAGGCUGUGGGUUAUUCUUGUAUUUGUAUUAUAUUAUAAGGUGUUUACUGUACACACAGGGGCUGGUCAAAAUAAGAGGAAAACAGACACCCUUUUGUGGGCACUGUAUGCAUUGUUCUGUGGGUAAAAGGUUUAAAUAUAAGGUGUAUCAAAAUGUAGCUUUGUGGUCACAGACAGUUUAAUUUCAACAUGUGAGUCGAUUAUUUUUUUUUUUUUUCAGUUGAAUGUGUCCACCCACUGUACUUACAGGAGGAGGACAAAUUUCUAAACAGGAACAUCUUACAAUAUAACGCAAUCCAACACAGCAUGGUUGAGUUCAGUAACACCUCUCACACAGUUUCAACAAAAAAUUUAUAGAAAUUCAGUAUUUUUUUUUUGUAAUGCUAUUGUAUUAAAUGGUGUUAUAUUGUCAGCAAUUCCUAUUAUUUUGGCCAAUCCCUGUUUCAGUUUAAUUAAACAAAUGUUAGUAGUUGAGAAUCUACAAUGAGAGUCAAUGCAAGGAUCACUUUUUGUCUGCACAGUUUCCUCCUUUUGUUUUAUGGAGUUUGUAAGAUUUUAAUGUGUUUAAAAUUAGCAUGUUGAUAGUUUUCAUUUGUUGAAUUAAAGUUACUGUAUUUAGUUUACCGACAGGACUGUGUUUGUAAAUUGUAACUUUCAGCUCACAGCAUCAUAUGAAGAUAUCCAUUUUUAAGUGCUUCUUCUUUAAAAGAAAAGGUGCCACUGCCACAUAUUUACAAUUAAAUGAAUGUUGUGUAUAGGGUAAUUUAUUUUUAAAAUAUCACUGUAUGGCAUUGCUUCAAAACGCCAAUUCACUACACAUCUGAGAAUUGAAUCUCAGUUUUACAUCUGAGUUUUUAAAUCUUGUUUGAAGCUGCUGGUUGUGGUUUGCUGGUGCAUCAGUUACAAAAGCUUCAACUAUUCGCAUCGCCUCUUUCUGUUGCAGGUCUGUUGGUUUAAGUAUUUCUGCACUUAAAGCCACACAUGUCACCAUGUAAAAUUAUUGCACAAAAAUAUAUUCACUUGCCUGAAUGGUUUAUAGAAACAUUUUGAGAACAUGUUGCAUUUUAGCCACAUGAAGAAUCCAUUUUAUUACUCCCCAUAGAUUUUCUAAACAAAACCUGGAGACUUUUUGGUCUUACCAUGUGGCAUCCAUGUAAAUGUGUAGAUACUGUUAUGAUUUAUGAAUAUGAUGAUCUAUAAUAUUCUAUUAAACUGUCAAAGCUAACUAUUCAUAUGUUAAUACGUUGUGUAUACAGAAAUAUUUCUAUUACUGUAUGUUUUAAAUAUUUUGGAGACCACUUGUGGUCUUAAUGGAUAGUGCCUUUAUUUUGGUUGUGCAUCUUCCUGCAUUAUUUUAACCUGAACAAAAUGUAUCUGUAAAGGUCUAUUUUAGUAUAUUCCGAUAUUUUAAUGUAACACUGAAUCUGUGAAUAAAGACUGUUUACAAUAGUGUAAACAUUAAGCUGA